AUGUCGGGCGUGGAGGUGGCCGGCUUGGCGAUUGGUCUGCUGCCAAUCAUCUUUUCCGCCAUCAAUAACUAUCAGAGCCUGGUCUCGCGGCCGUUUUCUCGCUAUUCAUCGUUCUCUAAAGACGUCGACAGAUACUUGACGAGACUGGAUAACCAAAGAGUCAUCUUUCGUAAAGAUUGCUUCCUCCUGCUAUCGGACCUGGUCAAUAGUGACGACGCUGAUUUGAUGCUUGCGAACCCUGAAGAAUAUCACCAAUAUUGGUCUGACGAAGGAUUGGACUAUCAAUUGGCUGACAUCCUGGGUGAGUCACGACAACAAUGUAUGCGAACACUUGAGCAAAUAGACUCCAUUCUUGCAGACAUCGAGCAAGAACGAGUAAAGUUAACAAAAGCGCUGGAAAAUGAAACCGAGGGGGAUAGAGAGAACAAGAUACUCGCGAAGACUUGGAGGAGGCAUGUCAGAGCGAAGCUGAAGUUCUCUUUUUCGGAGACACGUCUCUCACAAAACCUGAGCGCAAUGACUGAUUUCAUACAUGACUUUAAGAACCUACGGUCAUCGUUAGACAAGCCAUGCAGAUCCAUGAAGCUCAAUGAUGUUUCCUCACAGGGCUCGAAAUCCCGAGAGCUCCAAAUGCAUCAGACGAUAGGUGAAGCGUCUCAAGGAGUCUAUGAAGCGCUCCAAAGUGCUUGCAAUAAGCACAUCGAGCACUGCGCACAUCUUUGCGUAGAGGUAGAGCAGGUCAGUGGAAGGAGCGUGUCUUCGCCACAAUUCAAAUUUAGUCUGUCAUAUACCAGCGUGGCGGCGCAGACUGAGCCCUUGUGGUUCGCCAUCGAGACGGUAAUGAAUGAGAUCGUGCUGGGUGCUAGGCAGACCAACGUUUCAUGCGAUAGUCAUGAAGUCAGAUCACUGAAAAGGUCCCGAGAGCCAGGACCAGAGCCUCCAUCCAAGGAGAAGAAGGGCAAAUGCUUGAGGUUUACCAUACCACCCACAAUUGACAUGAGGCUACCGCAAGCCACGCCCGUUGAUCAAAAUUUGGCAACGCAGGAUCGAAUCAAUGGGGACUUCUGCGACUUCCUGCGUCGACACUGUCGCUGUUCUGGCAAGCAAAGUACGAAAGUCGGCAUCUUGGGGAACAAAGCAAGGUGGAAAAGCCUGGUGUAUCCAAUGGAGCCGAAAGCCAAGACUCAGCAUCUUCAAUCGAUGUCGCUCCGAAACAUCAUCUCGCUGAUAUCAAGAGAUAAUCUCCGGCGUUUCUCGAUAUAUGAACGUCUUCAUCUCGCCAAAACCAUCUCUGUUGCCUUCCUCCGACACCACACCACGGAAUGGGGCCGAGCAUGCUGGGAGAGCGAAAAUAUAUGCUUUUUCGAUAUCAACCAGGACGGCACCGAUAAGCCGAUACGGCUGACAUCUCCACACCUCAAUGCCAGGAUAUGUGGACCUAAUGGUACGCCGCCGGCUAGUCAAAGGACCAAUGCAUCAGGCUCUCGCAACACGUUACUCUUCAACCUCGGCGUACUCUUUCUGGAGAUUGCGCACUCGGCAGACUGGGAGACCCUCAAAAGACGGCAUUUCUCCCACGUUGAAGAUCAGGGGACGUAUGCAGAUUUCCUCCACGCUCGAAAGCUGGCCAAGAUGAGAUCCUCUGGGAUCCCUGGGAAAUAUCACGACGUGAUUGAGAGGUUGAUCGAAUGUGACUUUGCUCAAGGUGAUGAUUUGAGUAAGCCAGGUCUGCAGGCUGCUUUCCACCGUGAUGUCAUUGGGCCGUUGGAGGAUGUUGAGACGCGGUUGAAAGAGCUGAAUUUGGACGAGUAA